AACAGGAGUGAGCUCGUUAUAACCAGCGGAUGUGGGGCAUCAGAAGUGACAGUUGGACGACAUUUGAGAUAGAGCCGUUCAGAAUGAAGGUCUUUCCCUGGAUCCUCGGUAUUUUCAGCUGUGUUUUGGCUCAGAAGAGUCCUUACUAUAAAGAUGAUCGUGGCACCAUGGUUCACCUUUUCGAAUGGAAGUUCAAGGACAUCGCCAGGGAGUGCGAGGAAUUUUUGGGACCGAUGGGCUUUGGUGGUGUUCAGGUGUCGCCGAUCCACGAAAACCUGAUAAUUCCCGGAAGACCCUGGUACGAGCGGUACCAGCCGAUCUCGAUGAAAAUCCACUCGCGAUCGGGGGAUAUCGACGAAUUCAAGGAGAUGGUGCGACGCUGCAACGCAGUUGACGUCAGGAUUUUCGUUGAUAUCGUUGUCAAUCAUAUGACAGGGGACGCAAACCCAGCUCGAGGUACAGACGGCUCCACCGCGGAGACGUCGGUCAAGGCAUAUCCUGCUGUUCCGUUCACCAGUGAAGACUUCCACAGGACUUGCGCCAUCAGCAAUUACCAGAAUGCAACGGAGGUCAGGGACUGCGAGCUGAGUGGACUCCACGAUCUCGAUCAGAGUAAAGAGCACGUCAGGGCUGCCAUCGUCGAGUUUAUGGAUCGAAUCACCGAUAUGGGAGUCGCAGGGUUCAGGAUUGAUGCGGCGAAGCACAUGUGGCCGCAGGACCUCCAGAUCAUCUACAGCAGACUGAAGAACCUGAGUGUAACGGCGAGAUUCCCCCGGAACUCCCGUCCCUUCAUUUACCAGGAGGUCAUUGACCUGGGUAAUGAGGGCGUUAAAAAAGCCGAAUACACAGACUUCGGAAGAGUAAUUGAAUUCAACUUCGGAAUUGUCCUUGGGAAUAUGUUCAGAGGACUGGAGCCGUUGAAGGACUUGAAGAACUGGGGCAACGGCUGGGGCCUCCUGCCAUCCCAAGACGCCCUCGUCAUGAUCGAUAAUCAUGACAAUCAGAGAGGUCAUGGCGCCGGUGGAGCAACAAUUCUCACCUACAAAGUCCCGAAGAUCUAUAAGAUGGCUACGGCCUUUGAGCUGGCCCACCCCUAUGGUACCACUCGCGUCAUGAGUUCCUAUUCCUUCACCGACCCCAGUGCUGGACCUCCGGCGCAUCCCAAUGGUACAAUUAUCUCCCCCGAGAUAAUCGACGGCGUCUGCACCAACGGCUGGGUGUGUGAGCACCGCUGGCACCAGAUUUACCAAAUGGUGAUUUUCCGGAACGUCGCGAAGAGAUCCCCGGUGACGAACUGGUGGGACAACGGGAACAAUCAGAUAGCUUUCUCUCGAGGUCGUCUUGGGUUCAUCGCCAUUAACGGUGAGACUUCCGAUCUUCGAGCCAACCUGACAACAGGCCUCCCCGCUGGCAAAUACUGCGACGUCAUCUCCGGGAGUGUUGAGGGGAAUAAGUGCACUGGUAAACUCGUCGAGGUCCUCGAUGAUGGAACGGCCUUGAUCGACAUUCCAGCGGAUGCUGAAGACGGAGUUCUUGCUAUUCAUAUCGGGAGGACUUCACUGUUGCAGUGAAUCUUCGCUGAGAUGAGAGGAUCAACGUUCGUGAGGAUAUUAAUUAUCGAUUGGUGAUUCAAUGUGUUUUAUCGUAACAACAGGUUCGUGUUGUAGUGGAUACCGAAUUAGAAUUUUGUCAGUGAUAAGAAUUAUUUAUUAACGUUUAUGAAGUAAAGGAAACGAGAGUUUGUAGUCAAGAGUUGGUCGUCGCUACAUAACUCGGGUCAUUAUGUAAUUAAUGUCACAUAAUGUACGGUAUUAAAAUUCUUAAUCAAUCAAUGAA